AAAUACACUCUCUCUAUAAAUACACUCUUAGCAAAUUAGUCACCUAAAAAAAUGAAUACUCCUAUGCUAUAUUCCCCCCUCUUUUUCCUCUGCUUAUCAUUGUUAGUCCCCUUUGUCUUUUCACGACAGUUUCCGACUUCCCCUCCGGUGGUGGACGCCGACGGGAAAGAGCUCAAACUCAACGCCGCCUACUACGCCAUCUCCGCCGCGUUCUUCCACCUGGAGGGUCUAUGCCUGGUCAACGUCAACAACAAUGAGCCCAAGGCACAUCCCCACGACGUCGUUCAAUGCAACUCCACAAAGUCCAAGGAGGCGGUCAACGCUUUCCCCGUCAUAUUCUCCGCCGUUGAUGACACGGAAGAUCCAAUCGUCAGGGAGAACGUGUCUUACACCGUUAAAUUUUCCGUCAACAGAAACGUUAGCAACGAAACCGUUUGGACCUUUGGUGAGGCCCAUAAUCCGUUACAGAAAUUCGUCACAACAAACCCAAAAGGGCCCGCAAUCCAAUUCCAGGCCCAGAAGGUCGGGUUCGGAUACAAGAUCGUCCAUUGCGUGGUCAUUCCUAUACCGCGGACACCCGUUUGCUACAACAUUGGGUUCAUACCGGACUUUGGGUAUAACCGAUUGGGUAUCGGGCUGGGCCUUGAACCGGUCAAGUUUUUCUUCAAGAAUAACGUCACCGCCGUCAACAAUACCGCCACCUACUAGCUAGGUUAAUUAUAUAUAAUAAUAAUACGUAUAAUAAUACGGAGUAAUAAUUAUAGUUAUGAUAACAACAACAAUAAGGUUAAUAGUUGGUCUAAAUUUUGUUUUAAAUGGAGGUGUUAUUAAGGCCGUAUAAUCUUAUAUAAGCAUAUAGAGUCGAUUGUCGAAUGUAAUGGGGAAGUUUUAUGAUUCCUUAGUGAAAUUAAUAGUUGGCCUAAGUUUUAUUAGGCUACUUCUUUGCGAGAGUAACGAUAUAUCCAUUCAUGUUACGUUAUUAUUCGUGCACAAGCUAAAUGUUUGAUUAAGCUUUAUUUGGAGUGUUUGUUUGUUUUCAUCAAGUCUCGUUUGAAAUUUGAAUCAAGAUUUCGGUGUGUACUAAGAUGUGUAUGAGAAUUAAGUGAUCAUUUGAAUAAUGUUGUUCACCUUUUGUACUCAAUAAAUAGUUUGAAUUGAGAAAAUAAGUAACUUAAAAGUUUUUUUGCUCCAUUUGUC